CUCUUCAUCCAAAGCUACUUCAGUUAUUCAUCUCUUUAUUACUAACAUUUCUUCCAUUCUUAGCUUUUGUUUGUCCCAUCAAAUUUUUGAAGAUGGCCAAGAGAAGUGUUGCUGCUAAUUCUUCUUUUGAGAGUACUAGCUUGGCUUCUCUGGAUCAAAAGUUGGCCAUGGCCAAGCGCUGCUCUCAUGAGGGUGCGAUGGCAGGAGCCAAGGCAGCUGUUGCUGCUACUAUUGCCACUGCCAUUCCAACUCUGGCUAGUGUAAGGAUGCUACCUUGGGCAAGAGCAAAUCUCAAUCACACUGCUCAAGCUCUCAUAAUUUCCACAGUGGCGGGAGCAGCAUAUUUCAUUGUAGCUGACAAGACUGUCUUGGCAACUGCAAGAAAGAACUCCUUCAACCGACCCUCCAAAGCAUGAAUUCCAAAUAGAUAACUUGGAUGCUGGAUUCAGCUUCACCUUGGAUUAUCUUGGCAUAAACCCGAUCAUCGAACUUAUCAUAUAUGUAAAUGUAAUUAUGUAUUGAUAAUAAUGAAGAGUUUGCAUUUCAAUAGUGAGAUGGAACAUAUGUACUAAUUAUCAGUUAAUUAUAUGAAUGCAAAUCAUUCACCUUAAUUUCUUCUA